AUGGCCAAUGUCCGCUCUCGUCAUAGCUCAAUCCCUGGGAUCAAAAACCAAAUAGACGUCCAGGUGGGUCUCGUUGGAGACGCACAAGUCGGGAAGACGUCGCUCAUGGUCAAGUACGUGCAAAACAUAUUUGACGAGGAGUACACGCAGACUUUGGGGGUCAAUUUUUUGAAGAGGAAAGUCAACUUACGAUCCACAGACAUUAUAUUUUCCAUCAUGGAUCUAGGAGGGCAGAAAGAGUUUAUAAACAUGUUACCUCUGGCAGCCGUGGGAUCCUCUGUAAUCAUAUUUAUGUUUGACCUUACAAGGCCCAAGACUUUACAGUCGAUCAAGGAUUGGUUCAGACAGGCACACGGGUUAAACGACUCCGCAGUACCGAUCCUUGUCGGCACGAAAUACGACUUAUCCAUCGAAACAGACGAACGAGUACCAGGAAACAUAUCAUGCACCGCUAUGAGAUACGCUCAGGUGAUGAACGCCCCCAUCGUAUUUUGCUCAACGGCAAAAUCCAUCCACAUACAGAAAAUAUUCAAAAUCGCCUUGGCAAAGAUAUUCAACCUAACAUUGACGGUCCCCGAGAUAGAAAGCAUUGGCGACCCCUUACUUAUAUAUAGGGAUUUUGGAAACAACGUGAAGAGACAGAGUAAGUCUUCACCGAAAAGGACUGGCUCCAUGGAGCGAACACCAGUCUCCUCGCAACAGUAA